AUGAAUGAGUCCAGGCUGCAGUCCCUGUUCUUCAUCAUCCUUCCAGAUUUACACAAACUCUGCUCUGUCCAGAUAAUAUUGAGUAGCAGGGUGGCAGAAAUAGACAUUAGGAGUGCUCAGCUAAAGAUGUGCAGGCAAUUGCUCCUUUUGCAUGAAGAUAUUCUCACAGCACCUGUGCCUGGAAUAUUAAACCAAAUUUCGGUAGUGAUGUCGAUACCAUUUUUUAAAUCUGGGAGACUUAGUGCCUAUAUUGAAAAAUAUGGAGCUAAGAUGGAGACUCCACAAAGAGUAACUCCUGCAAUUCUUCAAAACUGCCUUUCGUACUCCCUCAUGGCUAGACUCGCUCCAGCCUGGAAUAGGACAGGUCAUCUCUUGGUACAAGGAAGAGAUUUUCUUUCUAAUGUGGGAAAACAAAGUGCAGUUGUAUUAGACAUCAACGUAACAGAAACACAAGUUUGUCUGAGUAUAGAAGUCUAUACAAUCAGAUUGCCACCAGCUGAGCUACAGGAGUUUGAUAUUUCUCAGCGUAUUAUAGAGGAUUUUCGUACCAACCAGAAUGCUGUCAUUGAGAGACAUUCCAUUUUAAGCAACUGGUGCUACAUUUUGCCCAGUAUGAAAAUGGGGCAGAUAAUAAAUAUUCUUCAUACUGCACCCCCUGACUGUCCCUUUCAUUCCUUCGAAGAUUUCCAGAGGCACUGGGAUGACCUGUAUGGCUAUAAGCUUCCGGAAGACUGUGCAGAUUUGAAAAUAUACUGCAGCAUCUACUUCAAGAUGAUCAACAAAAGGACCUUCACAUAUCCUUUGUACCCUCUCAGCUGCGUCAGAAGUCAGCCCAUUCAGUUCUUCCCAAGAGUAGAUUUGGAUGGUGUUUUGAAAAGCUUCCUUUCAGAUUUAAAAUCGAAACUGCCACAUUUGUGUGGAUUUCCCAUAAAGAUGACAAAUAAGCCAUGCUAUUACACACAGGAGCUAACCAGACCACUUCUGCAGGAAAACAAAGUCAAACCAUCCAAUCUGACCACUAAAAAACUCUUCCGAGCUUCUCUAACUCAAGCCACAUUGGUGAAGCCCACCAGAGCUCUCAAUUUCUUGCCACAGUCAACAGCCACGGAGCACAAGGUGGAGCCUGCUGUCAGCCAGCAGAGGUCGGGCUUGUUCUCCGCUGCUUGCCACCAGCCUGCUGGGUCUUUUCAGGACAGAGAGCCUUCCUGGCCUCUCAAGGCACCACAGCUACAUUUGGAAAAGUCAGAUCUCAGCAGAGAGAACACACAAGUUGGGAGCAAAAAUCUUUGCAUACAAAGUAACAGAGCCCCGGCAUUCAUACCAGUUUUCAAAAGGAAAUCUGAGCAAGUGAACAAAAAUAUCUCAGCACUUAGCACCUUGAAAAGAAAACAGAGCAGGGUUACAGAACCUACCGUAUUAGCACAGGAAACUAGUGUUACCCAGGGGGGCAAACCCACAGCCACUCGAAAAAGACCAAAUAGCAACAUUCGAGUGCUUGCUGGGAACUUAAAUCAGAAGGGCUCCAAACCUCUGCAAGAAAAAGGCACAGAGUUCUAUGAUCGGAAGAAGCAACACCCCUCUUCUGAUUCCAGACAGACUGUGCACCUUAGAGAAGCUAGACCAUUGUCUACUAGUUCGGUGACACAGACGUCAAGUAACAGUUCAGCAGUGAUGAAAAACGAUGUUGACAUCCACGCUGGUGGAAAAGACAAUCUAACAAGCAGAUUCAUAACACAAAUUUUGGGGAAAAGCCACAAGUCCCUAAAAUUCAAAAGUCAGCCACACAUUUUUGAAUCAGAAUUAGAAACUAAAGACUCCCAACUCCAACAGCAACAGUUAGCAAAUCAGGUUCAAGGAGCCAAUGCAGCUGAGCACAGUCUAACAGAGAGCCAAGCAGCCUACAGCCGCAGGCAGAAAUUAAGUCUGCAGUCUUCAAGGGCUUCUACGGAGCGUCGUUCCAGUGCUGCACACCAGAGGCAAUCUAGUUCUAAGAAACAGGUUUCCAAUACAACAAAACCCAAGAAUUCCCUCACCAUUCCUGAAGCUGAUCAGUGUGGAUCAGAGGCUGUCUGCCAGAUGGUCAGAAGUUACUCGGAAGGCAAAGUGCAAGAAAACGUGAACCGUAUCCACACUAGACUCCUGAUUCAUGGACCCCGCGAUGGCUGUGAAGAUGACUCUGUGGAUAGACCGAUUGCUGAGUAA